AUGCCCGGUGGCAAGGCCAUCAACCCAAUGAUGCUCGACGACGAUGACGAUGACGAUGAGCCUGCCUUGUCCGGCACCACCAGCAGUAAACCUGCCGACAUCAGCAAACCAACUGGCCCUGUUGCGGCGACCAUGGGCAAUGACGACGACGAUGAAGACAAGGAGAACUGUGUUGGAGAUAAAU